AUGCGUCGUUUUCAUCUACCUUACGCUAUUCUUCUAUUACUAAGUAUUUUCUUCUUCGCGCCAUGUAUGCAAGCUGCGCCUUUGAUCGAGAUCGACUCGGAUACCUUGCUACGGAUAACGACACCUGCGCCGUCGCUUCCUCCGCUCCCGCCGAGUGUGCUCGCACAAGUCGAGGCUGCCGAGCACCGCGGCCGUAAUGUGACUGGUCCACAUAUCAACGCCACUGUUGCUGCUGCUUUGAACUAUACACAGUUCGAGUACACUUUAGUCAACGCACUGUACGAAAUCGAUCAGAGUCUAUGUCUGAACGAGGCGCUCACAAUGGGUGCGGCCGAUGUCGCUGCAAUGCUGAGCGAGUGCACUGUCGACCAGGUGAACAAUGGCAGCUGCAGCUACGCGACCAAGUCGGCGGUGGAGUCUAUGUUUCAAACGGUCGGCUGGAGCAGCCCUGAUUUUGCAGGCGUCGCACUAGCGAGAAAGUUUCCCGCGGCGUUCUUCAACUGGUCUGGUCCGGCCGGAGAGGGAGGCGACGGUCUGCGCGGCAUCCGCGCCUAUGCUGCUGCCCUCGAGGUUACGGAUAUCGUGACGCGGGAACUUGGACCGGCGGUACGCAGCGGCCUGUACAAGCUUGCAGCAGCUGGAGCCGUUGAAUUGCUAAACGAUGAGGUUUAUGCGUACGUUGUGAUUGGGAAGGCGGCGGGUCAGACUUGCUAUGAGCCCUGA